AAGAUGAGGCAGAAGAAGACAAUAUAAAAGAAGACGGUGUAGAGGAAGAUGGUGUAGAAGAAGACACUAUAGAAGAAGACGGUGUAGAAAAAGACGGUAUAGAAGAAGGCGGUGCAGAAGAAGACAGUGUAGAAAAAGAUGGUGUAGAAAAAGACAGUGUAGAGCAAGAUAGUGUAGAAGAUACUGUAGAAGAAGACAGUGUAAAAGAAGGUUGUGUAGAAAAUGCUAUAGAAGAAGACG